CAUCUCAAUUAUUUCAAUCUUAAUUUACUAACUCCAAUUUCAACUGCCCACACUCCAGAAAAAUGUUUCCUUUCAAUGAUCCCUCUCAUCAUGAUUAUCAAUCCCAUCUCCAGAAUCUCUUUUCUUCUCAACUAAUUUCACUCCCAGAAGGAAGCAGUAGUGAUAAUUAUCUUAAUACCGACAGAAUUCAAAUUACCACUCAAAAUGAAGAGAGGAAGAUUAUGCACAGAGAUCUCGAACGAGAAAGAAGGAAACAAAUGGCCUCUCUACUCACCAACCUUCGAUCUUUGCUUCCUCUUGAAUUUAUAAAGGGUAAACGUACGAGGGCUGAUAUUGUUGAUGAGGCUGUGAAUUAUAUUGAACAUUUAAGAGGGAAGAUCAGUGAGCUUCAAGUUAAAAGAUAUGCAAUAUUAAAGAGGCUGAAUUUUGAAUCUUCAAGUUGCGACAAUCAAUGUUGCAAUAAUCUUUCUUCUCCAAGUUGUGUUGUAAUUAAGCCAUAUUCAGGUGGGUUGGAGAUUGUGAUAAGUAAUUGCAUUAUGGAGGAAAAUUUUCAACUUUCAGGAGUGAUGAGGGUUUUGUUUGAACAAAGUAUUCAAAUUGAAAGUUGUGCCGCAACCAAAGUAAAGGAAAGGAUGUUGCACACCAUUCAGACAAAGGUAGAUGAUUCAAGCAGGAUUGAUCUGCAUGAACUGCAACAAAAACUAUAUCAAGUUUGCAACUCUGAGUGAUUUGGUGAUGAAUCCCAUCUUUCUAGCUCUUAUCAUUAGUUGUUUCAAUGAAGGAGGUUUUGUGAAGUGUUACAACCUAUGAUUCUAAGCAAAAUUGUGCCUUUAGUCUCCUUACUAGUAAUGGAUGAACCCUUUUAUUUUCAACCUGUAUGAGGUCUUUAUUCUUGAGAAGAUUUGUUUUGGGAGUUAUCAAAAAGGUAUUAGGUUUAUCAUU